UACCUCCGGAUCUUCUCCGAGCUCGGGGCGGGGUGAUCACAAGUGGGGGGAAGGGCAGAGCUGUCCUGGCCCCGAUGCGAAUACCAGAUCUCCAAGUUCGCUACGGAGCAACCUGCAAUUUAUCCUAGCCACCUAUACCUAAGUAUUUAGGGCAGCGUCUAUCUUCGACAAUAUGCCGUCGAGCCUCGCCGGAAAAGUGAUCUUCAUAACUGGCGCUGCGAGCGGCAUUGGACGGAGCACGGCGAUCAAGCUGCAUGGCCUCGGGGCCGUCCUCGUCCUCACCGACAUCAACGAGCCGGGGCUCGCCGAGACGCUCGCACUCUGCGGCGGCGGCGGCGGCGGGACCCCGACUCCGUCGUCGCACUCGACCUUCGCGCUGGACGUGUCCGACCCGGAGGCGGUGGACCGGGUUGUGGCGGCGGCGGCGGCGCGGCACGGGCGACUGGACCACGUGUUCAACUGCGCGGGGAUCAACCCGACGGCGGCGGCGCUGACGGCGACGAGCGUGGCGUACUUCGACCGGCUGGUGGGCGCGAACCUCAAGGGCGUGUUCAACGUGACCAAGGCGACGGCGCCGCACGUCGCCGCCCCGGGCGGCAGCUACGUCAACGUCAGCUCCAUCUCGGGCUGGAACCCGACCGCCGGCACCGCCGUCUACUGCGCCACCAAGUUCGCCGUCGUCGGCUUCAGCAAGUGCAUGGCCCUCGAGCUCGGCCCCGCCGGCGUCCGCGUCAACGUCGUCGCCCCCGGCUACAUAGACACCCCGACGAACGCCGGCAUCGCCCGCGGCACCCCCGAGGCCCGCCUGGCGAUGGAGCAGGGCAACGCCCUGGGGAGGAUGGGAACCCCAGCCGACGUCGCAGAUGUUGUGGCCUUCUUGAUGAGCGACGGGGCGAGAUAUAUGAAUGGCAGCGUGGUCCAGGUCGACGGUAUGUUGAAAACAUAAGGCAGGUUGAGGAGUGGAGUGAGUCGGCGCGACCUUCAUCCCGACGGAGGACUAAACAUAGUAAUAUCAUUCCCACCCACCCAUCCAAUUGCAUACCCCUUUAUAACAUGAAGGCCUGCUGCUCGAGAAGGGUCGCGCUCACGGCCAGGACUCGGGGCCAAACGUUUCUCCAACGGCAGCGAACUUCUUGAUGGCCAUUCCGGUCUGAUCGAGCGUAUCGAAAACGUCGUAGUUGCCGUACCAUUUCGGUAGUUGGGUGGAAGUAAGAUAGAGUGUGAA